AUUAAGUUUUCGCGGUGAAAACGUGUUGCACAUGUUCACACAUGUUUUAAAUUGAAUCAAUUUUAUCAUUAAUAAUUAACAUUUGUAAAUGUACCGUUAUGUAUAUUAAAUAAAAAGUAAUAUUAGUUAAUGUUUUAAUAAUAAAACAUUUAGUAAUUACAAAUAAAUAGUGUUUUAAAAUGGCAAUGCUAGCAGAACCUAAAAGAAAACAAAGAUGGACGUUGAAUCCACGGGGCAAACAAUGGAGCGACGAUUCGUCGAAAUUUGGUCAGAGAAUGUUGGAGAAAAUGGGCUGGACUCAUGGAAAAGGUCUUGGUGCUAACGAACAAGGAGUCACUGAACAUAUAAGAGUUAAAUAUAAAGAUGAUCAAGGCGGUAUUGGUUUUUCAAAAGACAAACAAGAAAAAUUGUGGACGGAAACACAGCAAAGUUUCAGUCAACUUCUUCAGCAACUGCGAGCUGGAGAAUCUCCAACUCCAGCUGAAAAUUUAAAUGAUUUAAAUCUCAGUGGGAAAUCAUUGGAAUUAAAAUCUAAACAAAGUCGCGCUCGAGUACAUUACAAAAAAUUCACCCGAGGUAAAGAUGUAAACCGAUACAGUUCAAAAGAUCUAGCGAACAUAUUUGGAAAAAAAGAUUUGAACGAACUGCCAUCAAAAGUUGAGUCUCAAGUCACUGAACUAGAACCCGUCGGCGCAUCGGACACCACCGCGGGUGUUUUGACAAUAAAAGGCGGUUCAAUGAGUGAUUACUUCAAAAACAAAUUGCCUCUAAUGCUGGCUAAGAAGUCGAUGAAUCCAGUAAAUGAAUUGAAAGACGAGUCUGAGAGUGAGAGUGAAAGGUACGUAGGUUUUGGUUUUGGUUUAUCUUCAAAUUCUCCGGCAACUGAUAUACCGGACACGCCACGAAAACGUAAGAGUCAAUUUUACGUUGAAAAUAAUCCAGAGACACCAAUUGCUGAGACAGUUGAUGAGCAUACUCCUAAAAAACGUAAAGUUAAAGAUUUUGCGUUUGAAAAUCCUGGGUUGGAUUUAAUUUCUCCUGAUCCUGUUGCUCCAGUAAAUAAAAUGGAAGUUAUCCGUCCAGUUGCUAUCGAAUGUAUUCCUCAGGUUCAGGAUCUUGAUGAUGAACUUAAUCAAGUACAGGAACAGGAACAGGAAAAGACACCAAAGAAAAAGAAAAAAAAGAAAGAUAGAGAACAGGAAAAAGAGAAAGAAAUCGUAGGAUUUGUCAACGAUGCUUUGAAUUUAGAAGCCAAAGAUUCAGGGGAUUAUUCAGAGGCUUUUGAAGUAUCGCGAGAAGCUUUAGGUCUGGAAAAUGAUGCUUUAGAUUUAACUGAUGAGUCCAGUGGUAAAAAACGCGUGACUUUUAACGACACAGUUGAGUACAAUACUGAUAAGAGUAAAAAAAAAAAAAGUUGCGUGAAAUUGGAUAAAUUUGAAAUAGUUGACGAUAAGUGUAAGAGGAAAAAAAAAGUUAAGAGCAUUCUGAUCAAUGGGGAGGUCAGUAGUUUUGUUAACGAGGCGCUAGAUGUUGAGAUAGUAAAUGAGGAAGUUUGCGAUAAUGAAGUUAACGAGCGUAAGAGUCGCGGUAAGAGAAAACGGGAGAGGAGAUCUAAUUUGGAAACAAUUGAGGAGGUUGAGGAAAAAGUUGAUAGUACUGAGGUUGAGGUUGAUGUCCAUGGUAGAGAUGAGGAAUUGCUCCAGGAUACUAGUGAUAAUUUGGGGGACAUGAGUCUUGAAACUCCGAAGAAGAAGAAAAAAAGUAAAAGUAAAAAUAGAGAUAGAGAAGGGAGAGAUGAAUUUUGUGAAAAUGGAGGCAAAGAUAAGGAUAAGGAUAGGAUGGAUAUUGACGAAUGUGGCAAUAAAGAAAAUUUAAAUGAUAGCAAGUCCUCGGAAAUGAUGGGAGUUAAGAAGAAGAAAAGUAAGAAAAAUAAAAAGGAAAGGGAGAGGGAGAAGGAUAGUGUAGAGGAAGUUGAUGGGAUAGAUGGAGAAGUUGGAGAUAAUAAAGUUGAGGUUGAGGUAGUGGAUGAGUUUGAUGGCUCGGGUAAGAGCCCGAAGGUUAAGAAGGCCAAGAAAAUCUUGAAGUCGCUGUUUAAUAAAACUCCGACUGCUGAUUUCGUUGGGUCGAAUAUUAGCAAAAUUAAAGGAUAUGGAGUCGAAUAAUCUUGAGGUUGAUUUUUCUGCUGGAAUAUCUUGUAACGGUCUAGGAUUUUUCGAUCAAGUGGUUUGUGGAUUUUUUUUAUUAAUGUAAAGUGUAGUGGAGAGGAUUGAUGAUGACAAUUUACCGGGGGUUGAGGAGACAUUUUUAAUAUGUGGAAUUUGUAUUUAAUGUUGGUUGGAAAAUUUAUUAAUACAAAUUAGAGUGAAAAAGAAAUAAAGUUUUAUAAGGAGGUGGUGUAAAUUAUGCUGAUUUACUUUUUAAAAAAUAUUAGAGGAUUGUAAGGAGAGAUGAUUUUUAGUGAUCUGGAUUUUUUAAUAUUUAGGAAAUUCAGUGGGAUUAGAAAUUACGUUACAGAUGUCGUAAGGGCUGUUUUUUUUUGUUUUGCUGAUAGCUGUACUUUUUAUUUACAAUUCAAAUUGACAAAUAAAUAUUUUGAAUUUUUUUGGCGCUCUUACCCGUGUAAAGAAAUUCGUUUCAAAACAUUUUCGGACGAACUUUAGAAUUUGUGACAAUUUUGAACUUUGAGUUGAACAUUUUCGAAACGAAAAUGAUUAGAAGUGUGAAAAAUUUUUCAUUAGUGUGAAAUUUUCCUGCGGAUUCUUUUUUUGAAAUUUUUUAAGCAAAAAUAGUGUGAGUUGACAAAUGUCUGAGUUCAAAAUGACUCAUUUUUUGGAUGAUUUUUACACGAAUCAAAAAGUGAAAAAAAAAAAAAAAAAAAAAAAAAAAAAAAAACUGACUUUUCUAAAAAGUUCUAAUAAAAGUCAAAAAAUUUUAAUAAAUAUUUUUUUUUUUUGCCGCAAAUCUGAAUAAUUCUGGUAAGAGUCGAAAAUUUUUCUUGAUUCCUAAUUAACUCCUUUUUUUUUUGUUCUUCAAACCCAAAAAAUUGUCAAAUCAAAUUAUUUUUGCUCAAAAAAAAAAGUGCAGGAAAAUCCUAUGCCAGUUGAAAAUUUUUCACUUUAUAAUUUUUUCAAAGUUCCAAAAAUGUUCCACUUAAAGAAUUGUUUCAAUUUUGGAAAUUCAGUCAUGAAUGUAAGAUCUUAAAAUUUUUUUUUUUAUAAUUGAUAGAUUUUUUAUUUGAAAGUAUCAAAACAAAAAAAAACUUCUGGUUCCAAGUAUCUCUUCCUGGAACUAAGAGCAUAAAAAAAAUUUUGAUUUUCAAAUUUCGGGAUUGAAAAGAAAAAAAAAAUUUUUCAUCCCUAUACUUUUUCAAUGGUAUCUUUCAUUAGAAUACGUUCUUACCGCACCUGUAGUGAUAAGUUGAAU